AUGGCGGCUAUCAUCUACUUGUUAGGUGAAGGAGCUCAGCUGAAGACUGAUCGUUUCGGCAUGCUUCCUAUCCAUGAUGCCGUGGUGAACCAGCACAACGACAUCAAGGAAGUGCUCAGUCAGCUCGACCUCAAGUGUGACGGUGGUGUGUGUUAUCUCUCCCCUGAGAAUGAGGAAGCUUUGAAGGAGCAGGUGAAGAACACUAACAUCUCUCUGACCCCUGAGGAUUUGGAAACUAAGAUGACUCAGGUCUUCUCUAUCAUCAUCAAGGAAGGUGUACUCGCUGCCGGCUCUCUUUGGCAAGAGAUUGUUUACUACUUUGCUGAGCUCGGCCUUCACCCCAGCUACUUCAAGCACUUCACCAGUGCUCAGAUUGCCAGACACCUUCAUUGCCUUAUCGCUGCUAAGAAGGUUGCUCAGGCUACUGAGUCUGACUAUAUCCAUUUCGAGAUUGAGGAUGCGGAUUCGGCUUUCUAUCUCACCACUAUGGAGCCUGAGAAGGUCGCCAUCACUGAUGCCAAGGUUGCCGAGUACAUCAACACUGCUCAGGAUUGUGGCUUCUCGUGUCAAGUUCGAGGACAUGAUGGAUGA